AUAAAUAAACGGCGAACAGCAGAUAAGCAGGCAGCCAAUCAGAGUCCGUGCUUGAGGCGGCAUCCGAGCGCUGAUUGGUCAGUCCCACCUCGAACUCCAGCUCUUAUUGAUGCGUUUGCUGCGUAGCGAACGCAUCACUCUCUCUUUCUGGGUAGUUCUGUGCCAAACGCACCAGCUUCAUCUUCACUUUUAACAGCCGGAUUCUAUUCCCUACACGCAUGCCUCUCUUUGACAAUCACCAAACCGCAUCAACCAUGACGGAGGCGGAGGCGUUGGAGAAGGAGCACAAGUCGAGCAACGUAAAUGGUUUUACAGAGGCCAGCACAGAAGACAUGUUUGAUCACACAUACAAAGAGAAAGAAGGCCACAAACCUCCCAUGGUCAUCGUAUGGAGAAAUGUCUUUUUGAUGUCUCUAUUGCAUAUAGGUGCCGUGUACAGCCUGUUCCUCAUUCCUACAGCAUCUCAUUUGACCUUGCUUUGGUCCGCACUUUGUUUUUUGAUAAGCGCUUUGGGAAUAACUGCAGGAGCUCAUCGCCUGUGGAGUCACAGAUCCUACAAGGCAACAUUACCUCUUAGGAUCUUUCUUGGUGCGGCAAACUCAAUGGCAUUUCAGAAUGAUAUCUUUGAGUGGGCUCGAGAUCACAGGGUUCACCACAAAUAUUCAGAGACAGAUGCUGACCCUCACAACGCCCGCCGAGGCUUCUUCUUCGCUCACAUCGGCUGGCUGUUGGUACGCAAACACCCUGAUGUCAUUGAAAAAGGACGCAAGCUGGAAAUCAGUGACCUAAAGGCCGACAAAGUUGUAAUGUUUCAACGGAAGUAUUACAAGCCUUCUGUGUUGCUCAUGUGCUUCUUCAUCCCCAUGUUCGUGCCUUGGUAUCUGUGGGGGGAGUCUCUGUGGGUGGCGUACUUCAUCCCCACUGUGCUGAGGUACACCUUGGUACUGAACGCCGCCUGGUUGGUCAACAGCGCAGCUCACAUGUGGGGGAACCGGCCCUAUGACAAGAACAUCAACCCCAGGGAGAACAAAUUUGUCACGUUCAGUGCUAUAGGCCCACCACAGGUGAGUCGUCAACAAACUUGAUGAUGGUGUUGGAGUUGAAAGUGUCCACACAGUCGUGUGUACAGGGAAUACAGCAGGGGACUCAAAACACAGCCCUGGGGUGCUCCGGUGUUAAGGAUGAGGGUGGAAGAGGUGUAAAAAUACUACUUCUUCAGGCUUAUUGAAACAUUUUAUGUAAGCUGAAGAUUCAACCUCUACUAAGCAGGCGCCUGGACCAAGCAAAAGGAAUCACUAGUGCAGCAAUGGAUAUUUUUUGAAAGGAUUGUUGCUAACAUUCACAGAAGUUGUUUCUUUUGUCACUUAUUAUUCACCCUAAAUAAGCCCUUAAUCCUUUUUUUUAGUGAACGUCAUUCAGUAUUAGUAGUAUUUGUAUGAUUUGUUCACCACUGUUUCUUUUACCUUACAGGUGAGGGAUUUCACAACUAUCACCACACGUUCCCCUUUGACUAUGCAACCAGCGAGUUUGGCUGCAAGUUGAACAUUACCACUUGUUUCAUCGACGCCAUGUGCUUCUUGGGCCUGGCCAGGGACUGCAAGAGAGGGUCCCCGGAGGUGGUCCAGGCCCGAGUGCUGCGUACCGGAGACGGAAGCAACCGAUGUGGCUAAGAUUGAUGAAUUGAUGAAUCGCAGACAACAACCAAGGAGAAGAAGCUUCACAGUCUUCUGACAGCUAUACAUUCCUCAUCCUCUGAGCAUAAAAGUCAACUUCAUGAGAGCUUUGACCACAUUUGGCUUGUUUUUGUGGUUUUUUUUCGUAGCUGUAGCUAAUCAAGAUGGAUUAAAAAACAAACACAUUUUGCUAAGCUCUUGGCCUUGGUUUCUAUCGUUCAGGCAGGCCAAGGUCUUGCAAAGAUGUUUUAGAUUUGAAGUAGAUCAAUUUUAAAAGUCCACUUCAUUCUCCACUGUUUUUGCCACUUUGGUGUGCAUUCUUUAGGAAAGGUCAGUCAUGAAGCCGAUUAUUUUUAUGUAAGUAUUACUCAACUAUUAAUCAUUAUAGACAAGAAGUGGAGCACUGAAAAGAUGGAGUAACAAUGCUUCAUUGGAUGAGUUAGGAUACUGAUUGGAGAUUGACUUGUCUUUAUUGCAGUUCACAGCAAGUUCAUACCAUUUUAAUGUACAGUAAAUUAACGUUUUGAGUGCUUUAAGAUCUGACAAAAAGGGAUGAGAGUUUGAAUCAUGAUUUGUUAAAAAGCUGCUAGCUUUGAUGAAAUGUGGCGCAUGGUAGAAGAGUGAGGGAACCCAGACCUUCUUCUAAUGUAUAACCUGACUUUACUGACAACAGAGUAAUCCAGUGUGUAACUUGGUCGUCUUCUUCAGAAACAAAAUAUGUAGAAAAGGCAAAGAUGAACACAUACCGUAUGUCCGUGUGGUGAAGAAGUUUUCUUAAGACAAUAUAAGUGAUGCAUUUAUCAUUAAAUUAAAACUGUCGUUAAAUAUUAACAGGAAACGAUAAAUGUAAUUUUAACUUAGAACCAUGCAACGUUUAAUCACAUUUAUUUGUGUUUUUAAUGAACAUUUCAUAGUGCCAAGAGCGUGCCAAUUGUCGACAUAUUUAUAACCAUCUUAAUGGUCCACUAGAGCACACAGUCGAUACUGCUUCUUCACUCAACGUCAUUGUGGAAGUUUUUUAACAUCAGUGGCUUUCCUUCCUCUUUUAUCUCUUUUAUAACUUGUCCCUCAAUGUUCCAGAAACGUCUGCAGCAGUGAUCUCAUUGGUCAGUGUAGCAGCCAGUCAGGUGACAGUUCUGGGGUUACAAAACAACAUGCCACCCAUGCAUGAUGAUAUACUGUACUCAGUGUUGUAGUGUGGUAUUUUAUCGGUGAUUCUAAUGACAGAACUGUGUCUAUUUUUGUAAUGUACUGUGGAGCUGCAUCGCUUUUGGAUCAUCAGAACUGUUGCCGUGGUGAUUUCUGAGACGAGGUCUGGUUUCCCUUUGAUGUCCUACAAAGCUUUUUUGCCAUUGCUAAAUUUCAGGUGCAUCGGUGUUUUAUGCUCAUCUUGAAUUCUGGUGUGCGAAACGCUUGUAUUAUCUUAUUUAUGUAUUUGUGGUUUUUUUCUUAUUGACUAAAAAAAAAAGGUUGCUCUGACCUAAACCAUAUUUCUGCACUCCAAGAUUUGGCAGUAAAAUAAAUCAAAUUGUAGCACUUUAUUUCUUCCCAAGAGUCAGGAUAUAACCUCAUGCCUUAUGACUUGCAUCCAUUCCUGAUCUUCUUCACGUCCCGCCAGUGAAGAUAAAAUGCUCAAAACAAAUCUGACCAAGAAGUCCAUGUUUACAGGCUGAAGCACCAGGUGUAAUAUUGUUUUUUCUCCUUCUAAAACCACAUUUAAUUUAGGCAAAUGGUAGCAUGACAACAUCAAGGUGCUGUAAAUGCUGAAAGAGGAUAGAGGUUGAUAUUCAAAGAAUCUGAUACAAAUUAAAACGCCUGGUGCAAAUGUUCAAACACCAGAUUUGACUUGCAAAAUAUGGGCCCAUAUGUGCCAACAUAGUUUCAACCCAUCACAGCAUCUCGGUUAGAAAACCUCCAACAAAGGUGCUGUCAAUGAGGAUGGAUGUUAGAGCGUCAUCAGAGCACUUACCAAAAACCUGACAAUAACAAGCAAACAUCUAAACAACGCCAGCUCCCCAGAGCGCCAAAAUCAACAUUUUCCUAAUGACGAGGAGGAUCAUAAGGUUGUCAGUCUGAAUGAUAAUGUCAAAACUCAACUGUAUUCUAAUAUGAAAUUAAAACACAAUUUUGUCAAUACACGUGAUUCCAUUAA